AUGACGGUAGGCUUUGAAACACCAUACUUGAAUUUCAGAAUUAAGAUGGCAGCCACGAGUCCCAUAAAUGAUACGCUACAAAGAGAAGCCCGGCGACGGAGGAUUGUUUUGAACCGGAGUCAAAAGGAUCUCCUCGAAGCAUGCUUUAAGUGGAACCCUUACCCUGGUAUAGCUACCAGGGAACAGCUAGCGAAAGAUACUGGUAUUCCGGAGCCUAGAAUUCAGUUCAAAGGCCUUGAGAAGAACCAGUUCCCUGGUAUUGCUACUAGGGAAGAACUGGCUAAAGAAACAGGCAUUCCAGAAUCAAGAAUUCAGAUAUGGUUUCAGAACCGAAGAGCACGGCACCAGAAGCAGAGCAAAGGAGCACCUGUGAAUUCCUUGGCAGAUGCCCCAGAUGUGAGGAAAGAGCUGACUGUUCAGCAGCACCAAAAUGACCCUUCUACUGUCCCAAGCAGGUCCCAUGAUAUUCCUCCCUCUAAUUCUUUCAUUAUCAACCAAAAUUCUUGUCUUAUACUCUACACAUCCUUUGUUCCUUGGGAUCCCUUUGCAGGUCAUGCAAACCAGGCACCAACUAUCUUGGUGGUCCAGCCCACCCAGACUGUGCAGGGGUUGGAGAACCCUCACCCACCUCUGAGACCAGUGAAUCAGCUACCAACAGUACUGCCUCCAGAAAGGGAGUUCUUAGAUACUGAGACUCCUUUAUGUCCCCAGGACCAAGGAAGAUGCCAGGAUCGCAGUGAGCCCAUUGAACCCAUUGACCUGGAAGUACUAGAGUCAAAGACUUAUUUGCAGUUUAAACUUGAUAGUAAAAAGCAGUGGAAGGAUCUAAGUCAUCAAGACAUAACUUUCUUUAUUGAAUGGUGGGAUGAGUGCUGCCAAGCUCUGAUUGCAGAGUGGGAUCCUCCUGAAGGGACACUCUGA